AUAUAUUCAACUGUAUGGGGCAAAACAUUGCAACUUUAAGACAGAAGCGAUGGAGUCCAGGGCUUGGCUCCUGCUGGCCCUUCUGGGAUUCUUCUUGUUUGCGGAGCCGGGAUUUGGACAGAAAGGCAACGUAGACAUCAGCGAGUGGAUGAGGGUUAAAGAUGAGGUGAUAAAGAGUUUGCAGGACAGGCUGACAAACGUGGAAAAAUGCAAGAUCGACGGCGACACUCUGGAGGCCAGGCUCAACGCGACCAAGGACGAGCUGACGAGAGAGAAGGCUGAAACGGACAAACUGAAGGAGGAAAUCAAAGGCCUGAACACCCGACUGGAUGCAGCAGAGAAGGAGAUUGAUAAGCUGAAACAGAGUAGUGACACAACUGCUCCUCAGAUCGCGUUCUCUGUCUCUCUGGCCAACUUCGGAGAUAUUUACAGAGGCCCCUGUACAGACAAGACUCUGGUUUUCAAAAGGGUUUUCGCCAACGCCGGCAAUGGUUACGAUCUAAAUACAGGAAGCUUCACAGCACCAGUGAACGGCUUCUACUACUUCAGCUUUAGCACCUACGGCUACAACACUCACACAAUCGGGGCCGUCCUUCUCAAGAAUGACAUUCUGCAGAUUUCCACCUAUGAGAACCCCUCAGUGGACGGCUCUGACAGCAGCAGUAAUGCAGCUGUUCUGCAACUGGCUGCCGGGGACAAGCUGCACAUGGAACUGUGGGAUAACGGCCAGGUGUUUGAUAACCUGAAUGGCCACACGACCUUCAGUGGUUUUCUCCUCUUCCCUGUGUAGAGGGUCUUGUGUGAUGCAUUUGCAUUAUGUAGUAUUGGAGCAUGAGUUCUAUUUGUUUAUUUGCAUCCAUGGUAGAGUGUGAUAUGAACAUUCAACAUUAUAAUCAAAGUACUUUACAUACAUUAAAUAAAAAUCUCUAAUAAUAAAAUAACUCAAUCCAUUUUUUUGUAACAUUUUCAAGUUUAAUGAGUGUAUAAAUCAUUUUUUUCAACAGUAAA